AGAAUAGUACUCGCCGGGUCGGCGCUGGGGUCGGAGCUCCUCUCCCGUCGCUCGGAGCUCCUCUCCCGUGGCAACCGCCGCCGCCGGCGACUCGUCACAGCAGCCUCAGUUGAUCACGGGCGGUGUCGACAACCAGCGGACUCGCUGCCGACUGCUGCCAGUGCCGCUCCGGGUCCGUGUUUGUCGUCCGUCAGCUGCUGUCAGCAGUUGUCAGCGCGGUCAGCGGAGGCCGGUCACAGGUCACGCGCGGUCACCCUGCCGGUCCAUGAUGAGACCCGCUGAAUCUUCGUCAUCGCUCGGCUCGGACGCCUCGGGCGUGGGCAAUGCCGAGUUUGACCCGAUCCAGGUCACUGACGCCGGCGGCACCACUGGCCAGGUCACCGUGCAGAAGGAGCGCGCCAGCUGGGACAACAAGAUCCAGUUCAUGCUCUCGGUGAUCGGGUACGCCGUCGGCCUCGGGAACGUGUGGCGUUUUCCGUACCUGUGCCAGCAGAACGGUGGAGGGGCAUUUCUGAUACCAUACUUCAUCAUGCUGGUCAUCGAAGGAGUGCCACUGUUCUACAUGGAGCUAGCCAUUGGACAGCGCCUGCGGAAGGGGUCGCUGGGCGUCUGGAACUCAAUACACCCCCUAAUUGGUGGAAUUGGUCUGUCGUCAACCAUGGUGUCAUUCAUGGUCGGCCUAUACUACAACGUCAUCAUAUGCUGGUGUUUCUACUAUUUAUUCAAUUCAUUCACGGCGACUCUGCCAUGGUCUAGCUGUCCGAAUGACGGCCCCAACGGCACCAUCAACAUGGAGUGUGCCCAGUCGUCUGAGACGGCCUUCUUUUGGUACCGCCAUACGCUGGACGUGUCGCCCUCCAUCGAGGAGCCCGAGGGCAUCAAAUGGUGGAUGGCACUCUGCCUGCUCCUGUCCUGGAUUGUCGUCUACGGCUGCAUCCGAAAGGGAAUCAAGUCCAGUGGCAAGGUGGUGUACUUUACGGCCACCUUUCCGUACCUGAUAUUGACCAUCUUCUUCUUCCGCGCGGUCACCCUGGAGGGAGCCGGCAGCGGACUGAAGCAUAUGCUGACACCCAAGCUGGACCGGCUGAAGGACCCGACCGUCUGGAUGGACGCGGCCACUCAGAUCUUCUACUCCCUGGGUCUCGGGUUCGGCUCGCUGAUCGCCUAUGCCUCCUACAACCCUCCGAAGAACAACUGUCGCAAGGACGCGCUGAUCGUCUCCAUCACCAACUGCAGCACCUCUGUGUUCGCCUCCAUCGUCGUCUUCUCUGUCCUCGGCUUCAAGGCUGUGCUCAACCACGAGAAAUGCAUCCACCUACACGAGCUGGCCCACAAUCUCUCGGAGGUGAUCCCUGAGCAUAACUGCAGUCUGGAGAACCAGCUCAACCAGGCUGCCGAGGGUACCGGUCUGGCGUUCAUCGUGUUCACCCAGGCCAUCGUGGAGCUGCCGGGAGGUCCGUUCUGGGCCAUCUGUUUCUUCCUGAUGCUGAUCUCGCUGGGCUUGGGCUCUCAGUUCGGCACCAUGGAGGGCGUCAUCACCACCGUCUUUGACAUGAAGAUCUUCAGAAGGUUCUCCAAGUCCAUCCUCAGCGGCGGUAUCUGCGUCACCUGUUUCCUGGUCGGCCUGAUCUUUACCACCGGCGCCGGCGAGUACUGGCUGAAGCUGUUCGACUCGUUCGCCGGAACUGUCGGCCUCGUCAUGAUCGCUCUCAUGGAGAUGCUGGCCGUCUGCUACGUCUACGGCUACAAAAAGUUCGCGUUGGACAUUGAGGACAUGACCGGCGAGCGUCCCGGCUGGUAUUGGUGCAUCUGCUGGAACUUCAUCUCUCCCGUGGUGAUGUUCAUCAUCCUGGUGGCCUCACUCGUCUUCCGCUUCAUGAACCCGCCCACCUACCUGGCGUGGGACAGACACUCGGGUGAGACCGUCUCCCGCGAGUACCCGACGUUCGCUCUGAUCGUUGCCGGCAUGCUGGCCAUCGCCGGCAUCCUGCCUCCGUUCGUCGUGUUCCUGGUGAGGAAGUGCCAGGGCAAGCUGCUGACCACCGAUGACGAGGUGUCUGAGGCAGAGCUGCGGCGCGUCGGCACAGCCUCCUCCACUCUGCCCAUGAUCGCCCGAGAGACCAAGAUGAACUGUGACAACGAUCUGGAGCCGAUCGAGGAGUCUGGAUACAGUAACCUGAACACGGUGACGUCUGUGUCACAACUGGAGCUCAGUCUGCCUCUGCGAGCCAAGUUCCACUUUGAGCUGGCUGACGACUGACAAUCAUCUCAGCACGGCCCGCACGCGGCCACCCACAACACGUAGCCAAUAUUUCCCGCGGCGGCGACGGCCCUUGAUCGUCCCUUUUCUCCGGAGAGGAGGAGGGUCUGACCUGACGGCCUGUCGGACAGCCUGGGACGUGGUAGGCGGCUAGGCUAGGCGGACCCAAGUGCGCAUUGGCAAUAGUACGUACGCAAAAGUACGUAAGCACGAGGUCCUAAGUGAAUGUACGUAGAAAAUUAAGUCUGGGUGUCUCCAGUACGCGGGCAAGAGUAUUGCGCAAGAGUUUGUGCGCAGAUUUUCGUACGAGAUAAAAUCGUUUGAGAGCUGCAGCUUGAAAAUUUAAGAAAAUAUUUGAAUCCUUUUAUGAGCAUAUUUUACCAAUAUCGCUCGUUUCAGAUGCCUCUUAAAUGAAUAUUUCCCUUCCAAAACUCAUUUUUUAAUAAUUUUUUUCUGAUAAAGUGCACAGUUAUCUCCAAAUUAUGUUUUGAUUUUAUCUCAAACGAAUAUCUGCGGCACAAACUUAGGCGCUUCGUUCCACUACCAUGCGUACUGCUGCUUUCGUACUUUGGUCCGGUACCCGCCUACCACUCGUGUGAGCUGUGAUAGAGAGAGCAGUCUGUCGAGCAGAGAGUACUUAUACUGGCCGGACGGGCCCGUCCGACUGCGCCGAGUGACCUUUGUAACCUGGCAGUGAACCUAGUGGUGUGGCCCCACACUGUAAACGUAGCUGGAACUUCUACUGCAACUGGUGUCGUUUUUUUAACCCUCAUCCGGCUUGUUCGUGUGCAAGUUUUGCGUCAUUGCCGAUCUGUGGACUUGUAUUGUGAAAUGUCAGCCAAUAGAUGGUUAUUGAAAAAUGGCAGGGUCGGAUUUUGGUUGUAUCUAAUUUACUAACAAUAUCAUAGCCCAUAGUCUUUGCUUAUAAAAAAAUGGAGUUUUCUACAUAAAGUUCCGAAGCCCCAGCAACGGACGAGCAAUAUUGUUGAGCGCAUACCAGCUUAAUUCGAAGGGCCUGCAGAUGCUCCUCAACACUCCUCGUCGAAAAUAUGGAUUUUGUAUAUUCGAGACAGUUUGGAAUUCUCGCUUUUGUAACUUGUGAGUGUGGUCAAUGCUAAGCGUGGUACUUACUUCCCAGAGGGCUGCAGGCACGCCGUUGCACAAUGCACCUUGAACUCUGCUUACCUAGGAGGGUGGAGCUCAAAGAAUGCAUCUUGCACCUCAAAAACUGCAUCGUCCCCCUGAAAUGCAUGCAGUAGAUGUUUACCAGUGUCGAAUAUCCCAGUGAUAUGCUUGAAAGCUAGUCACGGCCCGCGACCUACUCCACGAGCUUGUGUGAAGAUAGAAUGUCGAUCAUGUUACUGUUUGUAUUGAUGGAUAUCGGAUAUGUGACAUGCUUUUUGCAUUCUGGUGCUAUUUGAUUAAUAAGGCUUCUGUUAUGCGAUGCUCAUGUUUGUUUCCAAACUGCGACACCGUUUUUUUUUUUAAUAGGAAAAUUAGCAUGUACUAUUGAAGUAUUGAUAUGUUAGUAAUGCAUCUGGUGAAUCAAUGACCCAUCAGCAACAGUAUCGUUACUGCAUUAAUGACAAUGCAAAAGAAAAUUGGGUACAAAUGGGUUAUUACUGGAAUAAGCAAUUUUUCAACCCACCGAUAAUAUAUUAAUUGGGAGAAGUGUGUUUCUCUUCUUUGUGUUACUACUUAGUGGUAUUGCAGUAAUUUUUCACAUAACCAUUCUCAGAAUGUGAUUCCGUUUAUCUCAUUCUAUUUCUUUAUUGGUAGUAUAUGUUGAAUAUAUAUGGUCAGAAAAGUAAAUACGUUCACUUCUGCGCUAACUUAGAUCAGUAGCUACAGCACAUGUCAAAAAGCCUCUAAAACAGAUCAACUCAUUCUGAGAUACCAGUCUCAGCGUUUGAAGGGAAGAACCAAAUCGACCAAAAGCAAUACCGCGGCGAAUAUUCGUGCCAAGCUGGACAAGUGAACAGUGCAUGGUAUGCUGUGCCGCAACACAUACUUGUAAUGCGGUACAGCCUAUCCCUUCCGUCGCUGUCGAUUUCGGCCUGAAAAUCACUAGUCGUUGUGUCCCGUUUUUCCAUAGGUUUCUGAUCGAUCGAUUGAUAGAUUAAUUGCUUUUAGGUUACUUCACUACUGCUAAAUAAUAAAGUUUUACUGAUGAUUAUUUUCGUUAUAAGAAUUACAAUAUGUCGACCAGACAGCUCGAUUUCAAGCUCAGUUGCGUUUUUGUUUGGGGCGUAUUUCAGAGAAAACGGAGCUCAGGUCAGAAAGGUGGCUCACAGGCGUUGCUUAUGUACCCACUGGGCUUUUAUGGGCUUUGAUUGACUCUGAUACUCUGGAGAAGGCCAGUGUAAAUACCUACCACACAUUAGCUGUAAUUCGCGAGUGUAUGUGCAUGCAGGGCGUAUCAUGUCAGUGUACCAGUGCAUUGUGUGUCCUACGGUGAACGAACUAGUCCGCACUUCCCACCGAUGGUCAGUAUAUUGGUCUCAAUGCUUUUUAGACGCGCAGUGGUGAUGAUUAAUUUGUAUGAGGAUAAAUACACAUCAAAAACAUUUAACA